AUGGAGCCAGCAGCUCUGACCAAAGCUCUACACAACAACACCAACAACCCCAAACUCGCAUGGCACCUCUUCAAGCGCAUCCUCUCCUCCCCCACCUCCACCUCAACCUCCACCUCCUCCUCACAUCUCUCCCUCCCCAUCAUAGCCCGCAUCCUCAUCUCCUCCAAAAUGCACCCUGAAAUCGACACCCUCCACCGCCUCCUCCUCCACUCACAACCCCCACAAACCCUCCGCCCUUCCCUCCUUUCCCUCGUCCGAAUCUUCGCCAAAUCCAACCUCCCCUACAAGGCCCUUUCGCAUUUCAAGUCCCUCCGAAGCCGCUUCCCCAAUGACCCUCCUCCUGUUUAUCUCUAUAAUCUUCUCCUCGAGUCCACUCUUCGAAACAACGACGUCGAUUACGUCCUGUGGUUGUAUAAGGACAUGAUCGCUUCCGGGGUUCGGCCCCAGACGUAUACUUUUAAUCUCCUGAUCUGUGCGCUUUGUGAUUGCAGUCGUUUGGAAGAUGCACGCCAGGUGUUUGAUAAAAUGCGUGACAAGGGCUGUGUGCCGAACGAGUACAGCGUUGCGAUUCUGGUUCGUGGGUAUUGCAGAGCUGGGUUUGGUAGUGAUGCUUUGGACGUUUUGGAUGAGAUGAGGGGUUGUGGUGUUGGGGUUAAUAGGGUUGUGUAUAAUACCUUGGUUUCGAGUUUUUGUAAAGAAGGGAGGACUGAUGAGGCUGAGAAAUUGGUGGAGAGGAUGAGGGAGGAGGGUAUGUUUCCGGAUGUCAUUACUUUCAAUUCUCGGAUUUCGGCUCUGUGCAGUGCAGGGAAGAUUCUUGAAGCGUCUAGAAUAUUUAGAGAUAUGCAUAUGGAUCAGGCUUUGGGGCUGCCUCAACCGAAUGUGGUAACGUAUAAUCUGAUGUUACAGGGGUUUUGCAAGGAAGGGAUGUUAGAGGAAGCAGAGAGCUUGUUCAAGUCUAUGGAAAAGGCUGGUGGUUUGAUUAAUUUAGAGAGCUAUAACAUAUGGUUGUUGGGUUUGGUCAGGAAUAAGAAGCUAUUGGAGGCCCGACUGGUUCUGAAAGAAAUGGUACAUAAGGGAAUAGAACUGAAUAUUUACUCGUAUAACAUUUUGAUAAAUGGGUUAUGCAAAAAUGGGAUGCUCCGUGAUGCAAGAAUGGUGAUGGAUCUAAUGGCAAGAAACAAUAUUUCGCCAGAUACGGUCACAUAUAGUACUUUACUACAUGGAUACUGCAAUAAAGGGAAGGUAUUUGAAGCCAGCAAUGUUUUGCAAGAGAUGAUAAUGAAGAAUUGCUUCCCAAAUACUCAUACCUGCAACAUUCUGCUGCACAGCCUAUGGAAAGAGGGACGAAUAUCAGAAGCGGAGGAACUGCUGCAGAAGAUGAAUGAGAAAGGUUAUGGGUUAGAUACUGUGACCUGCAACAUUGUGAUUGAUGGUUUAUGCAACGAUGGGAAAUUGGACAAAGCAAUUGAAAUUGUAAGUGGGAUGUGGACUCAUGGAGGUGCGGCUCUUGGAAACUUAGGGAACUCCUUUGUUGGCCUGGUUGACGAUUGUAAUAAUGGGAAUAAAUGUCUUCCAGAUUUGAUCUCAUAUUCAACCAUAAUUAGUGGAUUAUGCAAGGCUGGGAGGCUUGAUGAAGCUAAGAAGAAGUUCAUGGAGAUGAUGGGGAGGAACUUGCAUCCCGAUUCAGUGAUUUAUGAUACUUUCAUACGUACUUUUUGUAAAGAAGGAAAGAUAUCAUCUGCAUUUCGGGUGUUGAAGGACAUGGAGAAGAAAGGUUGCAACAAGAGCAUUCAAACUUAUAAUUCACUAAUCCUGGGCAUAGGGAGUAAAAAGCAAAUAUUUGAAAUAUAUGGGCUGAUGGAUGAAAUGAAAGAAAGGGGAGUCCCUCCUGAUGUAUGUACUUACAAUAAUAUGAUGACCUGUCUCUGUGAAGUAGAGAGAGUCAAAGAUGCAACUUCUCUUCUAGAUGAAAUGCUGCAGAAGGGCAUAUCCCCGAAUAUUUCCACCUUCAGAAUAUUGAUUAAAGCUUUCUGCAAGGGCUUUGAUUUUGCAGUCGCACAGGAGGUAUUUGACAUUGCUUUAAGUGUAUGUGGCCACAAGGAAGCCUUAUAUAGUAUGAUGUUCAAUGAAUUACUUGCUGGAGGGGAAGUCGCAAAAGCUACAGAACUAUUUAAAGAAGCGUUGGACAAGUACUUUUAUCUGGGGAAUUUCCUUUAUAAAGACCUCAUGGAUAGACUCUGCAUGGAUCAAAAGUUAGAUGAUGCCUGUAGCAUUCUUCACAAUAUGAUGAAUAAGGGAUACGGGUUUGAUUCAGCAUCCUUCCUGCCAGUAAUUGAUGGCUUGGGUAAAAAGGGGAAUAAGCAUGAAGCUGAUGAACUUGCAGAGAGAAUGAUGGAAAUGGCAUCAGAAGGUAGGAUAGCAAAUAAGGUUUACCGAAGUCAGAGGGAUAUAAUUGGUGGAAAACCAUAUUCUUGUGGAAGUGAUUGGCAGACCAUAGUGAACAGAGAUGAUGGCAGUGGAGUCAUACUGAAAACUCUAAAGAGGGUGCAGAAAGGCUGGGGUCGAGCAAAUCUAACGAGUUUGCAAACCCGGAAAGAUCAAUUUUUUGAUUAUUGA